AUGUCCAGUGCCCAAACGCCAGUGUUCUUGGCAAAUCAGAGUAAGGUAUUGGAUCAUUUGAUUCCAUUUCACAAACCCUUGAUUUCUUCUCGGAGCUCAGCUUCCCAAUCCUUCCCUAUGUGGAGAAACAUUGCUAAACAAACCAUUUCGAGGUCACAAGCUAGAUUAACCGUCGCUUCCCAAAGUAUUCGCUUUUCUCACGAGUCCCUUCUCUCGAAAGAUUUCAAAUUUCGUUUUCCGGUUUUCCGAUCCAUCUCGAGCUCAGGAUGUCACGAAAUGGGUGUUCGUCGUCUUAUUGGAAUCACGAGGUCAGAGGAAUUUUCCGGUAGCUGCUUUAAUGGGUCUUUCUCUAGAGGCUAUACGAGUGUAGCGGAAGAGGUCUCGUCAACAGAUGUGGAGGAAGAGCCUUCUGUUGCCGAUGAGGUACAGGAAUUGUUGCAGGAGAUGAAGAAGGAGAAGAAGAGAGAGGAUCAUCGUUCGUGGCGGAUGAGGAAGCAAGAGCAUGUGGGGAUGAGUAACAGCACGUACCGGAAUCUGUGGAGAAGACAAGUUAAGAUCGAGACGGAGGAAUGGGAGAGAGCUGCUGCGGAGUACAGUGAGCUUCUGGUGGAUAUGUGUGAGCAGAAGCUUGCCCCCAAUCUGCCUUAUGUGAAGUCGUUGUUUCUCGGUUGGUUCGAGCCGUUACGAGAUGCCGUUGUUAAAGAGCAGGAGCUGUUUAGGUUAGGGAAGAGCAAAGCUGUUUAUGCGCAUUACCUUGAUCAGUUGCCUGCGGAUAUGAUUGCUGUGAUCACAAUGCAUAAGUUGAUGGGGCAUUUGAUGACUGGUGGUGAUAACGGUUGUGUUAAGGUUGUUCAUGCUGCUUGUUCUGUAGGGGAUGCCAUUGAGCAAGAGAUAAGGAUACGCACAUUCCUGAAUAAGACCAGGAAGAAAAAGGGGGAUGAGGAAGAGGAAAGCGGGGAAGGUGAAAAUGGAACUCCAAUGAAGGAGCAAGAUAGGUUGAGAAAAAAGGUGAAUGAGUUGAUAAAGAAACAGAAGUUGUCAGCAGUUAGAAAGAUCUUGCAGUCGCAUGACUAUACAAAACCAUGGACCGCAGAGAUUAGAGCUAAGGUUGGAAGUCGUCUGAUAGAGUUGUUGACAAAAACAGCUCAUAUACAGUCUCCAGCUAAUCUGGAGGAUAAUGAUCUGCCUGAUGUCCGACCUGCAUUUACGCAUACCUUCAAGACAGUAGGGAAAGGAAACGUGAGUACUGGAAGAAAGUAUGGUGUAAUCGAGUGUGACCCUUUGGUCCGCAAAGGUUUGGAGAAAACUGGGAGAUAUGCACUGAUGCCAUACAUGCCAAUGCUGGUUCCCCCUCUCAAGUGGUCGGGUUACGACAGAGGGGCUUACUUGUUCUUAGCGUCUUAUAUUAUGAAAACUCAUGGAGCUAAGAAACAACGAGAGGCACUCAAGAGCGCACCUAAAGGACAACUUAGACCAAUCUUUGAGGCCCUGGAUACGCUUGGAACUACUAAAUGGAGAGUAAAUAAGCGAGUCUUAACCGUUGUAGAUAGGAUAUGGAGCAGUGGCGGCUGUACUGCUCAUCUGGUGGAUCGUAGCGAUGUUCCUUUACCAGAAAAGCCUGAUACCGAGGAUGAGGACAUUCUUAAGAAAUGGAGGUGGGAACUCAAAUCUGCUAAAAAGGUGAACAGCGAGAGACAUUCUCUGCGCUGUGACAUUGAACUCAAGCUUUCGGUAGCACGGAAAAUGAAAGAUGAGGAAGCUUUUUACUAUCCCCACAAUAUUGACUUCCGGGGACGCGCAUAUCCCAUGCCCCCACACUUAAAUCAUCUUGGUUCGGAUUUGUGUCGGGGUGUUUUGGAGUUUGCGGAAGGAAGGCCUCUGGGAAGUCCAGGCUUACGCUGGCUGAAGAUACACUUGGCGAACUUGUAUGCUGGUGGUGUAGAUAAGUUAUCAACUGAGGGGAGGAUAGCUUUCACCGAAAAUCACUUGGAUGACAUAUUUGAUUCGGCAGACAGACCACUUGAAGGAAGCAGAUGGUGGCUGAAAGCUGAAGACCCGUUUCAGUGUUUGGCCGUGUGCAUAAAUCUCACUGAAGCUCUGAGAAGUCCAUCCCCGGAGACAGUUCUCUCACAUAUUCCUGUACAUCAGGAUGGUUCCUGCAAUGGUUUACAGCAUUAUGCCGCUCUGGGGAGAGACACACUAGGAGCAGAAGCUGUUAAUCUAGUUGCAGGUGAGAAGCCGGCAGAUGUUUAUUCAGGAAUAGCUACUAGGGUUCUUGCUAUUAUGCGCCGAGAUGCAGACAGAGAUCCUGAAGUUUAUCCAGAAGCAUUGCGUGCAAAAAUAUUAGUCGAUCAGGUGGAUCGGAAGCUUGUAAAGCAGACAGUUAUGACAUCAGUAUAUGGUGUCACAUAUUCUGGUGCUCGGGAUCAAAUAAAGAGAAGGUUGAAGGAGCGCAGUGCAUUUACUGAAGAGAAAGAAAUUUUUGGUGCGGCUUGCUAUGCAGCAAAGGUAACAUUAACUGCUAUAGAUGAGAUGUUUGAAGCUGCACGCGCUAUCAUGCACUGGUUUGGUGAAUGUGCAAAGAUUAUUGCUUCAGAAAAUGAAACAGUUCGAUGGACAACACCAUUGGGUCUUCCUGUUGUACAACCUUACCAGCAAAUGGAAACACAACUCGUAAAGACAUCCCUCCAGACCUUAUCGCUUCAGCGUGAAACAGAUAAGGUCCUGGUCAGGCGACAAAGGACAGCUUUUCCUCCAAAUUUUAUCCACUCCCUAGACGGGUCUCAUAUGAUGAUGACUGCAGUUGCCUGCAAAAGAGCAGGCGUUUGUUUUGCAGGAGUUCAUGACUCAUUUUGGACACAUGCGUGCGACGUGGAUAAAUUAAACAAAAUACUUAGGGAAAAGUUUGUUGAGCUGUAUUCUCAACCGAUACUAGAGAAUUUGCUGGAGAGCUUUGAGCAAUCGUUUCCUCAUUUAGAGUUUCCACCUCUGCCAGAACGAGGAGAUUUGGAUUUAAAAGUUGUGUUAGAGUCGCCUUAUUUCUUCAACUGA